GUGUUUGUGUGUGUGUGUGUCUCUCUCUCUCCCUCACUCUAGAGCUCAUUUCCGGGACCUGUCACCUUGCCGCUGCCAGCCCUUUGCCCUCUUCCCUUACUUCCUGCCCUCAAACUCCAGGGACUUUUGCCCUGUCGCCGGUUAAAGGAGGAGCCAAUCUUCCUCCUCCUCCUCCUCUUCGAGGGCAGUGCGCGCGACCCCCUCUUUCCUUCCCUCCCUCGCCAGUCAGGGCCGAACUCCAGCCCCUCAGGUCUGCUUCACCUUCGCUUGCUCUUGGACCCUCUCAAGAAGUUGAAACCUCUUGUGUCAAAGGAAGGGAUGACCUCUCCGCCUCCCCUCGGUUCCUAUAAAGGGGGCACGAAGGAGAUGCCACGCUUGCCAAGCCUGGGCGUGUGGGGGAUCUGACAGCUUUCGUUAAGAAAGGAGUCAGUGAAAAGACGCACUCUCCUGAAUUCAUGGUAAAUCGAACAGUAAUAAGCAAGUAUACCUACGCAAUGGAAGGGAAACAUAUUCUGGAUGCCAUCUUUGCUUACAGCCUUCAAAAAGACUAUCAAAAAUGACAGUUAAUAAAUGCUAACUGGCGUAACUCUCCUCAUCAAAAUGAUGGACACAGAAAGCCAGAUUUGUCCCCUUAUUUCCCUAAAAGAGGAGGAUCUUGGCAGUCCUUUGUCUGAAGAUUUUUUGCAAGAUAUGGAGAGUAUUAAAGAACUCUCACAGUCUGUAAGUGGUGAUAGCUCAGGAGCAUUAAGUAUAACAGAUUUCCAGUCCUUGGAAAAUGGACCCGGGUCUGAUGGAUCAAUUAUUACAGACUCACUCUCACCAGCAUCAAGUCCUUCAUCAGUGAAUCUUACCACUGUUCCAAGCAGCAAAGAUGAAACAUCCAAUACAGCAUUAAACAUUGAAUGUAGAAUAUGUGGAGAUAAAGCUUCAGGCUACCAUUAUGGAGUUCAUGCUUGUGAAGGUUGUAAGGGCUUCUUUAGGCGGACAAUCAGAUUAAAACUUAUUUAUGAUAAUUGUGACCGCAAUUGCAAGAUUCAGAAAAAAAAUCGCAACAAAUGCCAAUACUGCCGUUUUCAAAAAUGCAUUUCGGUAGGAAUGUCUCAUAAUGCAAUUCGAUUUGGUCGGAUGCCAAGAUCAGAGAAGGCAAAGUUGAAGGCUGAAGUUCUAAUCGGUGAACACUGUAUAGAAAAUUCUGAAGUUGCAGAUCUUAAAUCACUUGCCAAAAGAAUUUAUGAAGCAUAUUUGAAAAACUUUAAUAUGAACAAAGUCAAAGCUAGACUCAUACUUGCGGGGAAAACCAGUAAUAAUCCACCAUUUGUUAUACAUGAUAUGGAUACCUUGUGUAUGGCAGAGAAGACACUGGUGGCCAAACUGGUAGCCAAUGGGAUACAAAACAAAGAGGCAGAAGUUCGAAUCUUCCACUGCUGUCAAUGCACCUCAGUCGAGGCUGUAACAGAACUUACAGAAUUUGCCAAAUCUAUCCCUGGCUUCUCCAGCCUAGACUUAAAUGACCAGGUGACUCUACUCAAAUAUGGGGUAUAUGAAGCAAUUUUUGCCAUGCUGGCCUCUGUGAUGAACAAAGAUGGCAUGUUAGUUGCCUAUGGAAAUGGUUUUAUAACUCGAGAAUUCCUUAAAAGUUUAAGGAAGCCAUUUUGUGAUAUCAUGGAGCCGAAGUUUGAUUUUGCAAUGAAAUUCAAUGCAUUGGAGCUAGAUGAUAGCGACAUCUCUCUUUUUGUGGCUGCUACAAUUUGUUGUGGAGAUCGCCCUGGCCUUGUGAACAUAAGACAUAUUGAGAAGAUGCAGGAGAGCAUUGUGCAUGUACUAAAACUUCAUUUGCAAAACAACCAUCCUGAUGACAUCUUCCUCUUUCCAAAACUUCUACAGAAAAUGGCAGACCUCCGACAACUUGUCACGGAGCAUGCUCAGCUUGUUCAGAUCAUCAAAAAGACUGAAUCUGAUGCACACUUGCAUCCUUUGUUACAGGAAAUUUAUAAAGACAUGUAUUAAGGUUGUUCUAGAUUUGUAUGAUAUGUAAAGAAAAUAGCAAUACUAAUAGAUGGGAGCUAAUUACUUUGCACAAUUUCCCCUGCUGCACUAAUCUGAAAGCACUAGUGAAGCUGAAGUGUAGGUAACUGGACUAUCACAUUUCUCUUGUCAGGGUAUAUUUUUCAAAACUUUUUAAAAGUACAUAUAAAUAUUAUAAUGAACUGUGAUUGACUUGAACUUCGGGCAGCAGUGGGAAUUUAAUCAUGCCACAUUAAUUUUCUAAAAAUAUGGCUUCUGAAGUUUCUGCAUUUUAAAGCAUUCAUUUUUUCUUUCUGUUCCUGGUACGAAACUAGUAGGUUGGGCCAGGAUACAAGGAAAAAAAUUGAUGGCCACGAGGUCUUUAUUCUUGUUUCUCUACAAGCAUCCUUGAGCCACAUGGUGCAUAUAGCAUGCAACAGCAACAACAUUACUUCUUAAGUAAAUCUUAGGUAUUACACUAUGUAACAAAAAUUGAAAAAAAAUCUGUUCCUGGUUUGAAAGUGUUAUUUCCUGUUUAACUGUGUGGUACUUACUUUGAAAGUAGUUGUUAUACUCCAGAAACUUCGUUUUUGUGGGGGCCACAAACUAUGCUGAAUUGUCGAAGGCUUUCAUGGCUGGAAUCACUAGGUUCUUGUGGGUUUUUUCGGGCUAUAGGGCCAUGUUCUAGAGGCAUUUCUCCUGACGUUUCGCCUGC